CAGCGAGGAGGAAGGAGGUGGUGUUGUCCAGCGUGGGGGAGGCUGACAGAGUGGCCCCAGAGGACAAAUGCCUCCUUGUCUCUGCAUCCCUCAGUGUUGACCUUUACCCCAAAUGAAGCAGCCACACUUUCUCUCAUGGCAGCUGUUGCAGACGGGCUGAUUACUGGUAUUUGACUGGGAAAGUCUCAGUCUGUGAAUGUUCCACUUGGCGGCUUUGGGAUUGAUCCUAUGGAUAUUGUUGCUGCUGUGGAGGAUUAAUACCAAGACGACAACAAUGCCCGUGAAAAGAAAGGAAUCUCUGUCUGGCUGUGGCCCACCUGCAGCCGGGGACGACAAGCCUUCUGCACAAUCCCCUCAUCCUCAUUCCCAGUCGACGGUUCCUACUCCCCCCACACACAUUGAGGAUAACCGUCCUCAGGCCAGCGGUGCCUCUGGGGGUCUUGAGGUUAAACCAGUGGCCACUGAGGCUCUACAGGCUUCCUCGGAGAUAAAUGCAGAGGAGCCGUCAUUGGGAAUGAAUACCCAGAGACCUUUCAAGACCAGGGCGCCGAUGCUGAGCGCAAAGCUCGGGGCAAGGGAACGCCUUAAGUUCAUUCUCGGAGCAUCGGAGGACAACUCCUCAGACGAGGAACUUCUGGUCGCUAAACCUCCCAGCGGUGCAUCUCAGCCUGCCUCCUCAGCCCCCAGAGAGGCCGGCUCCUCGGGCAUAAAGCCUAGCAUGUCUGGUCUUCACUUGGUGAAAAAAGGACAUAAUCACAGAAAGAUGGACAUCCAAAGGGACUUUGCCGUGGCCUCUCCUGCAGAGUUUGUUACCCGAUUUGGUGGCAACCGCGUCAUCGAAAAAGUGUUGAUUGCUAACAACGGUAUAGCUGCAGUCAAAUGUAUGCGGUCGAUUCGCCGCUGGUCCUACGAAAUGUUUCGUAAUGAAAGAACGAUCCGUUUUGUGGUCAUGGUUACCCCUGAAGACUUGAAAGCUAAUGCAGAAUACAUUAAAAUGGCAGACCACUAUGUGCCUGUACCCGGUGGGCCCAACAACAACAACUACGCCAAUGUAGAGCUGAUAGUGGACAUCGCCAAGAGAAUCCCAGUGCAGGCUGUCUGGGCUGGUUGGGGUCACGCCUCAGAAAAUCCCAAACUGCCUGAGCUGUUGGACAAAGCAGGAAUAUUGUUCUUGGGCCCCCCCAGUAAGGCCAUGUGGGCUCUAGGGGAUAAGGUGGCUUCUUCCAUUGUGGCUCAGAGCGCUGACAUUCCCACACUGCCGUGGAGUGGAUCAGGUCUGACGGUGGAUUGGGACGAGGACGACCAGCUUCAGGGCAAUGUGAUCAGUGUUCCUCCGGAGAUCUACAUUAAGGGCUGUGUUCUUGAUGUAGAUGAUGGACUGGCGUGGGCUGAGAAAAUAGGUUAUCCCGUUGUCAUUAAGGCUUCUGAAGGUGGAGGUGGAAAGGGUAUCCGGACAGUAGAAAAUUAUGAGGACUUUCCAAGCCUAUAUAGACAGGUGCAGACCGAGAUGCCCGGCUCGCCGAUCUUCAUCAUGCAGCUGGCUCAGCAUGCCAGACAUCUCGAGGUUCAGAUACUGGCGGAUGAGUAUGGGAACGCCAUCUCUCUCUUUGGACGAGACUGCUCCAUCCAGAGACGGCACCAGAAGAUCAUAGAGGAAGCUCCUGCCACCAUAGCUUCUUCCUCGACAUUCGAGCAAAUGGAAAAGUAUGCUGUGAGAAUGGCCAAGAUGGUAGGCUACGUGAGUGCAGGUACUGUGGAAUAUCUCUACUCUGAAGACGGAGGUUUCCAUUUCCUGGAGCUAAAUCCUCGCCUCCAGGUGGAACACCCCUGUACAGAAAUGAUUGGAGAUGUAAACCUGCCAGCUGCCCAGCUGCAGAUUGCGAUGGGUAUCCCCCUUCAUAGAAUCAAGGACCUCCGUUUGCUUUACGGGGAAAGCCCAUGGGGGGACACCCUUAUCAACUUUGAGACUCCAGAAUGCACGCCAAGUCCAAGAGGGCACGUCAUAGCUGCACGAAUCACCAGCGAGAACCCUGAUGAGGGGUUCAAGCCCAGUUCUGGCACCGUUCAGGAGCUGAACUUCCGCAGCAGUAAAAACGUCUGGGGUUAUUUUAGCGUGGGGGCAACAGGAGGACUGCAUGAAUUUGCAGAUUCCCAGUUUGGACACUGUUUUUCCUGGGGAGAAAACCGUGAAGAAGCCAUCUCGAACAUGGUGGUGGCUAUGAAGGAGCUGUCCAUUAGAGGGGACUUCAGGACCACAGUUGAAUAUCUGAUUAAGUUACUAGAGACGGAAUGCUUCAGAAACAAUGAAAUUGACACCAGCUGGCUGGAUCAUCUCAUUUCAGAGAAGGUGCAGGCGGAAAGACCAGACACCAUGCUGGGUAUUGUCUGUGGGGCGUUGCAUGUGGCUGAUGCAAGCUUCCAAAAGAGCAUGUCUGAUUACCUGCAUUCACUGGAAAGGGGUCAAGUACUUCCUGCAGCCAGUCUCCUAAACUCGGUCAAUGUGGACUUAAUAUAUGAAGGAGUUAAGUUCUGCCUCAAGGUUGCUCGCCAAUCUCCAACAACUUUUGUCAUUAUGAUGAACAAGUCCAACAUCGAGAUAGAUGUCCACAAGCUGAGUGAUGGAGGCCUCCUGCUGUCCUAUGACGGAAGUAGCCACAUCACCUACAUGAAAGAGGAAGUGGACAGCUAUCGAGUCACCGUUAGCAACAAGACCUGUGUGUUUGAGAAGGAGACAGAUCCCACGAUGCUGAGGUCGCCCACUGCUGGUAAACUGCUGCAUUACGUGGUGGACGACGGGGGCCACGUUCUUUCAGGAGAAGUCUAUGCAGAGAUUGAGGUGAUGAAGAUGGUGAUGACGUUGACGGUGCAGCAGUCUGGUUGUGUCCAUUUUGUCAAGCGACCCGGAGCUGUUCUAACGCCUGGCUGCGUAGUAGCUCGUGUAGAUCUGGAUGACCCCAGCAGUAUACACCCGGUGGAGCUCAACAUUGCCAUAUUGCCACCGCAGCAACCACUUCCCACUGUGGGUGAAAAGCUUCACCAGGUGUUUCACUGUGUGCUGGAAAACUUGGUGAAAGUCAUGGCCGGCUACUGCCUUGAGGAGCCCUUCUUCAGCAGCAAGCUGAAACAAUGGGUGUCUACCCUGAUGACGACCCUCAGGGACCCCUCGCUGCCCCUGUUGGAGCUCCAGGACAUCAUCACAAGCUUGGCGAGUCGCAUUCCUCCCAGUGUGGAGAAAGAUAUCCGUAAAGUGAUGGCUCAGUACGCGAGCAACAUCACCUCUGUCCUCUGCCAGUUCCCCAGCCAAAGGAUUGCAAAUAUUCUAGACAGCCAUGCAGCAACCCUGCAGAGGAAGUCCGACCGAGAGGUGUUCUUCAUGAACACUCAGAGUAUUGUUCAGCUAGUACAAAGGUACCGCAGUGGAAUUCGGGGUUACAUGAAGUCGGUGGUUCUCGAUCUGCUGAAGAAAUACUUGCAAGUAGAAAUACAGUUUCAACAAGCUCACUAUGACAAGUGUGUGAUCAACUUGCGAGAGCAGCACAAACCUGACAUGAGCCCGGUGCUGGAGUACAUAUUCUCACAUGCCCAGGUCUCUAAGAAGAACAUCCUGGUCAUAAUGCUCAUAGACCAACUGUGCGGAAAGGAUUCCAUGCUAGCAGAUGAGCUCAUGGACAUUCUCAACGAGCUCACGCAGCUUAGCAAGAUUGAGAACUCAAAGGUGGCCUUGAGAGCCAGACAGGUCUUGAUUGCAUCCCAUUUACCAUCUUAUGAACUGAGGCACAACCAGGUGGAGUCCAUCUUCCUGUCAGCCAUUGACAUGUACGGCCACCAGUUCUGUCCAGAAAACUUGAAGAAACUCAUUCUCUCUGAAACCUCAAUUUUUGAUGUUUUGCCCAAUUUCUUUUAUCACUCCAACCAAGUUGUCUGCAUGGCUGCUUUGGAGGUGUAUGUGCGCAGAGGUUACAUUGCGUAUGAGCUGAAUAGCAUCCAGCAUCAACAACUGAAGGAUGGAACAUGCGCUGUGGACUUUCAGUUUAUGCUGCCAUCAUCACAUCCAAACAGAGGGAGCAACCCUACUCUAAACAGGGUUCCCGUGCCAGUGAGCGGGUCAAGCCAUUAAAUGAGGCGAGAGAGCAGUGAACUCUUCUUGGAGGGAGCCUUUUCUCCUCCCUGCCCACCGCAUGGGCGCCAUGGUGCUUUCCAGUGUUUCGAGGAUUUCAAAAGGAAUUUUGAUGAAGUUCUCUCCAGCUUUGCAGAACCACUCUUUGAUAGUGCUCCAUUUCCAGAGUCCUGCCCCAGUCUGUUUGAGGACGAGAACUUCAAGGUGAGUGCUGUGGGUGUGCCAUCGAGUUCUCCCUCAUUCCCUACAGAACACAAGGAAAACCCGAUCCACAUCAUUAACGUGUCCAUAAAAAACGCUGACACAGAGGACGACGAUGCCCUGGUUACAGCCUUCACCGCGUUUGCCCAGUCGAAGUUUCUACACAACCAGGAAGCGUCCUUCGAAUAUCUUCAAAAUGAGGGAGAACGUCUACUGUUGGAGGCCAUGGAUGAGCUGGAGGUGGCCUUCAGUAACACCACUGUCCGCACAGACUGCAAUCACAUCUUCCUCAACUUCGUCCCCACUGUCAUAAUGGACCCCUCUAAAAUAGAGGAGUCGGUUCGCUCCAUGGUAAUGCGCUAUGGCAGCCGUCUUUGGAAGCUGCGCGUCAUGCAGGCUGAGCUCAAGAUCAACAUCCGUCUGACGCCCACCGGGAAUGCCAUUCCUGUCCGCCUGUUUCUCACCAAUGAGUCUGGCUAUUACUUGGACAUCAGUCUGUACAAAGAGGUCACCAACCCAAGUUCUGGACAGAUCAUGUUCCAGUCAUAUGGAGAUAAGCAGGGUCCUCUGCAUGGCAUGCUGAUCAACACGCCGUAUGUGACCAAAGACCUGCUGCAGGCCAAACGCUUCCAGGCACAAACUCUGGGGACCACAUACGUCUAUGACUUUCCUGAGAUGUUCAGACAAGCGCUGUUUAAGCUGUGGGGUCCAGGGGAAAAAUACCCCAAAGAUGUGCUGAUGUGCACCGAGCUGGUUCUGGACCCUGAAGGUCAACUUGUGCAGAUGAACCGCCUGCCUGGAGACAAUGAUGUGGGAAUGGUUGCCUUCAAGAUGAAGAUGAAGACUCCAGAGUACCCAGAGGGCAGAGACAUCAUUGUCAUCUGCAAUGACAUCACUCACAUGAUCGGCUCGUUUGGUCCUCAGGAGGAUGAGCUGUUCCUCAGGGCAUCUGAGUUGGCUCGGGCCGAGGGCAUUCCCCGCAUUUACAUCGCAGCCAACAGUGGAGCACGCAUCGGCCUGGCUGAAGAGCUUAAACACAUGUUUCAGGUGGCCUGGAUUGACCCCACUGACCUCUACAAGGGCUUCAAGUACCUUUACCUGACCCCCCAGGACUACACUUGUGUCAGCGCCACCAACUCUGUUCACUGUCGCCACGUAGAGGAAGGGGGCGAGUCCAGGUACAUCAUCACAGACAUCUUCGGGAAGGACGAUGGUCUCGGGGUCGAGAACCUGCGAGGUUCUGGCACCAUUGCUGGAGAAUCCUCUCAGGCGUAUGAAGAGAUUAUUACAAUUAGCAUGGUGACGUGUCGAGCUAUUGGAAUCGGAGCGUAUCUGGUCCGUUUGGGACAGAGAGUGAUUCAGGUGGAGAACUCUCACAUUAUCCUGACUGGAGCAGGUGCUCUGAACAAGGUUUUGGGAAGAGAGGUCUAUGCAUCCAACAACCAGCUCGGAGGAAUCCAGAUCAUGCACAACAACGGAGUUACGCACACCACCGCGCCGGAUGACUUUGAAGGCGUCUUCACCGUCCUCAAGUGGCUCUCCUACAUGCCAAAGGACAAACACUCCCCUGUGCCCAUCAUAUCAACUGCAGAUCAAGUAGACCGAGAGAUAGAAUACACUCCGACUAAGGCCCCGUACAACCCCCGCUGGAUGCUUGCUGGGAGACCUCACCCCACGGUGAGAGGUUCCUGGCAGAGUGGAUUCUUCGACCACGGCUCCUUCAUGGAGAUAAUGGAGUCUUGGGCUCAGACGGUGGUGGUGGGCAGGGCACGGUUAGGAGGAAUCCCCCUCGGUGUCAUUGCCGUUGAAACACGCACAGUUGAGUUCACUGUCCCAGCUGAUCCAGCAAACCUGGAUUCAGAAUCUAAAGUCCUGCAGCAGGCGGGCCAGGUGUGGUUUCCAGAUUCAGCCUUUAAAACGGCUCAGGCCAUUUGUGACUUCAACCGUGAGCAUCUUCCUCUGAUGGUGUUUGCCAACUGGAGGGGCUUCUCUGGUGGAAUGAAGGAUAUGUAUGACCAGAUACUGAAGUUUGGCGCCUACAUAGUGGACGCCCUCCGUGGUUUCCAUCAGCCGGUGCUAGUGUACAUCCCACCACAUGCUGAGCUGAGAGGAGGAUCAUGGGUAGUGAUAGACCCCACCAUCAACCCACUGUGUAUGGAGCUCUAUGCAGACAAGGAGAGCAGAGGUGGUGUGCUGGAGGCUGAGGGCACAGUGGAGAUCAAAUUCAGGAGGAAGGACCUAUUGAAGAGCAUGAGAAGACUAGAUUCAGUCUACGCGAGCCUGGUGGAGCAGCUUGCUUCCCCAGAGCUGUCUGACAAGCAGGUCAGAGAGCUGGAGACAAAGCUCAAAGCCAGGGAGGAAUUCCUGUUGCCCAUCUACCACCAGGUGGCAGUGCAGUUUGCAGAUCUCCACGAUACCCCAGGAAGGAUGCAGGAGAAGGGUGUCAUCACUGAUAUCUUGGAGUGGAAGAACGUGCGGACCUUCUUCUACUGGCGUCUGCGUCGGCUCUUGUUGGAGCAGGUGGUGAAAUGUGAGAUUCUUGAGGCCAACAAAGACCUCAGUGAUGGACACAUGCAGUCGAUGCUUCGACGCUGGUUUGUUGAAACGGAAGGAACCGUCAAGGCCUACCUUUGGGAUAAUAACAAAGAAGUAGUUGAGUGGCUCGAGAAGCAUUUAACCAAGGAGGAUGGCAUACGAUCAGGCAUCCGAGAGAACAUCAAGUACCUGAAAAGGGAAAACACUUUGAAACACAUCCGCAGUCUGGUAGAGGCCAGCCCUGACAUAGCCAUGGACUGCAUCAUCCAUAUGAGCCAGAACAUCACUCCGUCCCAGAGGGCAGAGCUCUCGCAUCUGCUUGCGACUAUGGACAGCACCAGCACCAAUUAAGCUGCGGAGCUUCAUCGGGUCAUAUUUGAAUUAUAUAUAUGGGUUAUAUUUAACAACAAAAAGCGAUUCUCCGGUUAAAUGCACCCCGUUGGUAAAGAGAUGGAAAAUUUAUUAGGGCACAAAGUGACCUAUUCCUCAGAAAUCACAUAACCACUACAGCGCUCCGCCUGUUGUAAACCUUUUGAAAAGCUUCUUUGCAGGGACGUCAUGGUCAGUUUGACAUGCAGACAAAGAGUUUGUCUUUUAUAUUUGUGAGGAAAACAAUUUCAGCUUCUCACAUCCAGGAACGUUGUGGUUCACAAAAUACAACUGGAUGUCACACUUCGUUUGGCUGUAUUUGCACAUAAUUAUACAGUGUGACUGCGUUUGUGAAAACUUGUGAAAACUUGUGGAACUCAAUAGACUGAACAAAGUGGGAGACCCCUUAGUUAGUGGAUGGGUGUUGUUUUUAGUUAAAUGUAUUAAAUAGAGAUCUUUUGUUAAACGGUUCAUGUAACUCAGAUAGCUGAUCAAUUAUUUGAUUGAUUAUAAAGUAAAACUAACAAAAAAGCGUUUUUUGCAUUGAACAAAAAACUAAAAAACUAAACUGAAAACUACCAAAAUGUACCAGUAUUAAAUUAUGAAAUGCAAAUGAAGAAAAGAUUAAGAAUAAGAUGGACUCAGCUGUCCCUUCACUUUCAGCCUGUCUAUGUUUCUAUGCUGUAGUGUUUUGUGUUCUACAAAACAAUGUAACGAAUGAUAGGAGAUACUGUGACACUUUAUGUGAUACUUCUGAGCUUUUCUUUAAUUUUUGUUGAUGCAGUAAUUCUUAAGAUUCAGGUUGGACAAAGAUUGCCAAAGUAGUCGCUUAAGUGAUGGCUUAAUUUGCCUCUUCUGCUAAAAACAGCGGCAUUCAAUUGAAAUGAAAAUCAACUCUGUCUUGUAUUGUAUUCCACUGAAGACUGUUUGUUAAUAAAUGUCAUUGAUAUA